AUGAAAGUUGGAAUAAUUGGAGCUGGCGCUGCUGGUCUUUGUGCUAUCAAACAUGCUUUGUCAUUUGAUUGUGAAGUGAUUGCUUUCGAGCAGAGUGACAGAAUAGGCGGAACAUGGGUUUACACCGAUGACACUGGUAGUGAUAAGCAUGGAAAUGCCAUUCAUUCGAGCAUGUACAAAAACCUUCGCACAAAUCUGCCAAAAGAACUGAUGGCUUUUCCUGAUUUUCCUUUCCCACCUCAAGAAAAAUCGUUCCUUCCUGCAAGUGAGGUGAAUGAAUAUCUCAAUCUGUAUGCUGACAAUUUCAAUCUCAGACAAUUUGUUAAGUUUGAGCAUCACGUUGUACGUGUAAGACCAACACAGAACGAAUCUAAAUGGGAGGUGAUUGUGAAGAAAUUGCUGGAUCAAAAAUAUGAGACUUUUAUAUUCGAUGCCAUGCUCGUUUGUAAUGGACAUUUCACUACACCCAACAUCCCUCAGUUCAAAGGAAGUAAAGUCUUUCAAGGACGACAAAUCCACUCGCAUGAUUACAAAAUUCCCGACGUGUUUGUUCAUCGAAAAGUUCUCGUCAUUGGAGCUGGUCCAAGUGGUGUUGACAUCUCCCAAGAGGUCGCUAAAUCUGCUGAAAGAGUCUUGUGGUCGAAUCAUUUAAAGACACCAAAGGAAGUUCAUUGCAACAAUUUAAUUCAAAAGCCUGACAUAAAAGAAUUGACAGUAAAUGGAGCUGAGUUUGUAGACGGAAGUUAUGAAUCAUUUAAUGACAUUAUUUAUUGUACAGGAUACAAAUACACAUUCCCUUUCAUGUCUGUUGAUUGCGGACUAGCAACAGAUGAUAAUUAUGUUAGGCCUUUAUUUAAACAUUGUUUAAAUAUCAACCAUACAAGCAUGGGCAUCAUUGGACUUCCAGUUUACAUUGCACCGUUUCAAGCAUUUGAUUUACAGAUCAGAUUCUGCUUAACCUUUAUAACCGGUCGUAAAAUGCUACCGUCAAAGGAAGAAAUGUGUGCAAACACUGAAAAAGAUAUGAAUGAGAGAUGGUCGAGAGGUUUACCUAAAAAGAAAGCUCAUGCUUUCGGUUCAAUGUAUCAGGAUAAAUAUUUCGAUGAUUUAGCAUCUUUUGCUCGAAUUACUCCAGUAAAACCAGUCAUUCUUAAAAUAUAUGAUCAAAAUAAAUUCAAUCAGCAAAAUGAUUUGGUCCAUUAUCGACAAUAUAAGUACACAGUCAUUGACGACGAACAAUUUGAAGCAAUUCUUCCCAGAAAUUAA